CUUGCAUCUUUUGCGAUUCGGCUGAAUAAAGGUAUGAUUAACAGUUCAGUGUUUAUGGUUUUUACAAGCAGUGUGAAAUUAGUUUAUUUACUAUUGAAUGCAACAUUCUAAUGCUUUAUUUAACUUCAAUGAAGGAUAUUUUGUGUGAGUAAUGCGCAUCCACACAUGAGAAACAGUAAACCUGCGUCUCAUUUCGCUCCCUUUAUCGUGAAUCAGUUUAUCAUAAACACUAAUUCGGUCACUGGCUAAUAGUGAUUGAGAUACUGAGCUUGUCGAAACUCCGAGUCAAAUGAAUAAAAUACUCCACAAACAAGAAUCGAUUGGAUCACGUGCUGCUCAAACAGUGUAAAUGAACAACAAACAAAAACACGUGUAAUGACAUCUUAUACAAACCAACUGCUAAUAUUUUCAUUAAAGUGUAAUCUGUUAAUUGUUAUUUAUAAAUGAAAAUAUUUAUCAUAAAUGUUUAAAUAUGAAAUGUCUGUGUUGUUUGUACUUUUAUUUGCAGCAUUUUUGUCUAAUCAAACUGUUUAAGGCUAUUAACUCUCACUUUGACUCUCUCACCAGUGCACUGAACUAAGUUACUGAACUAGAGCUGAUUGAGACACAGCCAGAGGGUUAUUUUUCCUUCUGUUAAUUGUUCUCAUCUUAAACAGGACAAAUGCACAGAAAAACUCCUGGUGAAGUGACACACUAUUAUAAAGAUGGCAUUUAUUAAAGAGGAGAUUGAAGACAUGAAGAUUGAAGAAACAUUCAGUGUGAAACAAGAAGAAACUGAGGAACAAACAGACCUGAUGGCACUGAAAGAGGAGAGUGAAGUACUGAAUGAAAUGGAUGAGAAUGAUCAAUAUAAUAGUCAUCCUGAUUUCAAAACUGGAGAAAAAACUUGUUCACAGAUUGAAAAUACUUACUCACAAAAAAGGGUUAAAAAGACAGGAAGUAAAAGUAGUUUCAUCUGUCAACAGUGUGGAAAGAGUUUCAACCAACAUGAAAAUCUUAAAGCACACAUGAGAAUUCACACAGGAGAGAAGCCUCAUAACUGCCAACAGUGUGGAAAGUGUUACUCUCAAAAAGUACACCUUAACAGACAUAUGAGAAUUCACACAGGAGAGAAGCGUUGUACCUGUCAACAGUGUGGAAAGACUUUUGCUGAAAAAGCAAGCCUUAAAAGACACAUGAGAAUUCACACUGGAGAGAAGCCUUUCACAUGCCCUCAGUGUGAAAAGAGAUUCACUUGUAAAGGAAACCUUAAAGUCCACAUGAGAAUUCACACUGGAGAGAACCCUUAUAUCUGUCAACAGUGUGGAAACAGAUUUAAUCUAAAAGGAAGCCUUAAAAAACACAUGAGAACUCACACUGGAGAGAAGCCUUACACCUGUCCUCAGUGUGAAAUAAGUUUCACUCUGAGAGAAAGCCUUAAUAGACACAUGAGAACUCACACAGGAGAGAAACCUUACACCUGCCCUCAGUGUGGAAAGACUUUUUCUGAAAAAGUAAGCCUUAACAGACACAUGAGAACUCAUACAGGAGAGAAGCCUUACACCUGUCCUCAGUGUGGAAAGAGUUUCACUCAAAUUGGAAACCUUAAAGUUCACAUGAGCGUUCAUGCUGGAGAGAAGCCUUUCACCUGCAAACAGUGUGGAAAAAGUUUCAACCGAAAAGGAAACCUUAAUUGCCACAUGAGAAUUCACUCUGAAGAGAGCCUUUUCAGCUGCCAACAAUGUGGAAUAAGUUUCACUCAAAAAGGAAGCUUUAACAGACACAUUAGAAUCCACACUAGAGAGAAGCCUUACACCUGCCAGCAGUGUGGAAUAAGUUUCACUCAAAUAGGAAGCUUUAACAGACACACAAGACUUCACUCUGGAGAGAAACCCUACAUGUGCACUCAGUGUGGAAAGAGUUUCAAUCAAAAACGACACUUUAAAGACCACAUGAGAAUUCAUACUGGAGAGCAACCCUACACAUGUCCUCAGUGUGGAAAGAGUUUCAAUCAAAAACAACACUUUAAAGACCACAUAAGAAUUCACACUGGAGAGAAGCCUUUUAGUUGCCAACAAUGUGGAAAAAGUUUCAACCGAAAAGGAAUCCUUAACAGACACAUGAGAGUUCACACUGGAGAGAAGCCAUUUACAUGUGGUCACUGUGGGAAAAGUUUUGGGUAUAAAAUAGCCCUUAAGUACCACAUGAUUAUUCACGUAUGAGAGAACUGUUUUUGUAAAUUAUCAGUGUGGAAUGAAUUUCACAGACAGGAAACACCUCAUGUUUGAGAGACUGUAUAAUGUGCUGAUUAUUGUUACUGUACUAAUAUCCCUAUUAAAAGUUAGUUAGUUCACUCAAAAAAUGAAAAUUCUGUCAUUACUCAACCUUGUGUCGUUCCACAUGCGUAAGAAUUUCGUUCAUCUUCGGAACACCAAUUAAAAUCUUUUUGAUGAAGUCUGAGAGGUUUCUGUCUCUCCAUAGCGAUCAAAUGCAACUACCACUCCAAAGUCCAGAAAUGUAGGAAAAAUCAUUCAAGUACUCCAUGUGACUCCAGUGGCUUAAACUUGUGAGCGACGUGAGUGCUUUGUUUGUGCAAAAACAUGAGGGUGAAUAAAAGACAGAAUUUUCAUUUUUGGGUGAACUAACCCUUUAAAG